AUGACUUCAAGAUACGACUCAAGCACUCUCUACAGCGCCUUCUUAUCGCUCCCAACAGAGAUCAGAUGCGAAAUAUACGACUACCUCCUCGUCGACUCACAGUCCAUUACCAUCAGCGCGGGCUACAUUACAGUCUUCGGCAACCGUAUCAAGGACCGCGCGCGAAAGCAUGACAUUCCGGGUCUGCCGCUUGACCUCGCGCCACUCGUACGGCAAACCAGAGACGCGUCUCUCCUGUCUGUCGCGAAGCCACCCGAGAUCGCCAUCGACAAUGCCUGGAUGGACGAUGUGGCGCGUAAGGACAGCACCAUAGGCAUGCCGGCGCCAUUGGCAUUGUUGUUGACUUGUCGCCUGGUCAAUGACGAGCUGACCGACUACAUGCGCGGGAGGAAACAAAUCAAGACUGCGCGGGCGCGGUCUGCAAACCCAACCGCAGAGGAGGCCGAGCCCACCUUGAAGGACGAUAACGAGGGACUGUCAUUAUACGUCACAUAUCCAUAUGGUGUCCUGGUGCUGAAGAGCAUGUACCCAUAUCUUUUGAAGCAAGCACGACGAGUCUACAUUUCUGGAUACUACAGCAAUCCCGGAAAGUCCGAGCCUAGCUCCCCAACAUCAGCCGACGGAGGCGACGAGGAGCGCCUGACUCCAUCAAGCAGUUUCGCAGUCGCCGAGUCCUUCGGCGCCAUGCCCUCAGGCCGCUCAUUCGGCCAACGCUCCAUGGUCCGCACCACACAGCGUCGCAGCUCCAACGCCAACGCCAACGCCAACGCCAACCCCACCCGUCCCCGCCUUCGUCUCGACCCCCCUCUCCAACGACAAGAGCGCCGCCUCUCCAAGACCGAGGUCGCCUUCCCUAACUUCUCCGACGAAACGAACGCCCUCGCCCCCACCGCCCUCACACAUCUCGUCCGCACCCUCUUCCCACACACCCCCUCCCAAUGCGUGAAGCUCUCGGCACGCAUCCUAUAUCCUGGCGAAAACUCCUACGGCACCGUCUGGUCCGACGAAAAGAGCCCCAUCGUACAUGUUCUGAAGAACGUCUGCGGCGGCAAAAUCGCCAUGAAGGUCAAACGCGGGGAUAUUGGCACAGGCUUACUUCUGACGGCAAGAGCAAGGCCCGAUAGUAGGAUUGUUAGUACGAGCUGGGAGAAUUGGACGGCGAGGAAUGGUGAGAAUUAUCCAAGGAGGGGGAGUAGAAUGGAUCUUGGUGAUUUGGAUGCGUUUUUGGUGGCCGAGGAUAAGAAGUCGUGA